AAAACUUCUUUGCCAUCAUCAUUAAUCUUCCUGGAUCUGUAAGAUUUCCCGAACACAGUAAAAUUCGAUCAACAAGAUGGCGACGCCGGCGGCAUCAGCGGCGGAGGAAUUAUCGAAGCUCACCAUCGAUGCGAAAUGGGUUUCCUCUGCUCCAAAUCUGAAGAAGAAUUUGCACCUUCUUUCUCCACAGCAGGUUUCUCUGGCGAAAAUGUUAUUGGAAACGGAUCAGACUCAUCUUUUUCAGCAUUGGCCUGAGCCUGGAACUGAUGAUGGAGAGAAACGAGCUUUCUUCGAUCAGAUAUCACGCCUCAAUGAUAGCUAUCCAGGUGGGUUGAUUACCUACAUUAAGACUGCGAGAGAACUCUUAGCCGAUUCCAAAGCUGGGAAGAACCCUUUUGAUGGCUUUACACCUUCCGUCCCAUCAGGAGAGGUUCUGAAAUUUGGUGAUGAUAACUUUGUUCAAUAUGAGUUGAAUGGUAUUAAGGAAGCGAAGGAUGCUGCCUUUGUUCUUGUUGCAGGGGGACUUGGCGAACGCCUGGGAUACAAUGGAAUCAAGGUGGCUCUUCCUAGAGAGACUACUACAGGGACUUGUUUCUUGCAGCAUUAUAUUGACUCCAUUUUAGCUCUACAAGAUGCAAGCUGCAGCCUUGUUGAAGGAGGAUGCCAGAGGAAGAUUCCUCUUGCUAUAAUGACAUCAGAUGAUACGCAUGAACGUACUUUAGAACUGUUGGAAAAAAAUUAUUAUUUUGGAAUGACUGCUUCACAAGUUAAACUUCUGAAACAGGAAAAAGUUGCUUGCUUAGAUGAUAAUGAUGCAAGACUUGCCUUGGACCCAAAAAAUAAAUACAGUAUUCAGACAAAACCGCAUGGUCAUGGAGAUGUUCACUCACUCCUUUACUCCAGUGGCUUGUUAAAUGAAUGGCGAGAUGCUGGUUUGAAGUGGGUUCUGUUCUUCCAAGACACAAAUGGACUUCUCUUUCAGGCAAUCCCUGCUUCCCUGGGAGUUAGUGCUGCCAAACAGUAUGAUGUUAAUUCCCUUGCUGUUCCUCGCAAAGCAAAAGAGGCUAUUGGAGGAAUUACAAAACUUACUCAUUCUGAUGGUAGAACAAUGGUGAUUAAUGUUGAAUACAACCAGCUUGAUCCCUUACUUAGGGCAACAGGUUAUCCUGAUGGUGAUGUCAAUUCUGAAACAGGCUAUUCACCUUUUCCUGGAAACAUAAACCAAUUAAUACUUGCUGUUGGCCCUUAUCUGGAGGAGCUUAAAAAGACUGGAGGUUCGAUCAAGGAGUUUGUUAAUCCCAAGUACAAGGAUUCAACUAAAACUUCUUUCAAGUCCUCCACUCGGUUAGAGUGUAUGAUGCAAGAUUAUCCUAAGACGUUACCUCCAACCGCUAGGGUUGGAUUUACGGUAAUGGAUAUAUGGCUUGCAUAUGCACCUGUCAAGAACAACCCUGAAGAUGCUGCAAAGGUUCCAAAGGGAAAUCCAUAUCACAGUGCAACUUCUGGGGAAAUGGCCAUCUAUAGAGCAAGUAGUCUCAUUUUGAGGAAGGCUGGUGUGAAGAUAGAUGAUCCAAUAACCGAAGUGUUCAAUGGACAAGAGGUGGAAGUGUGGCCUCGCAUAACCUGGAAACCGAAAUGGGGAGUGAGUUUUACGGAUAUCACUAGUAAAAUUAAAGGAAAUAACUCGAUUUCGCAGAAAUCUACAUUGGUCAUCAAUGGCAGUAAAGUUGUUCUUGAGGACCUGUCUUUGAAUGGAACUCUUGUUAUUAACUCCAAUGAUGUUGCUGAGGUGAAAGUUGGGGGUGUGGUGGAAAAUAAGGGCUGGACACUUGAAAAAGUCGACUACAAAGACACUUCAGCUCCCGAAGAAAUCAGGAUCCGUGGCUUCAAAAUCAACAGGAUCGAACAGUUGGAGAAGACGAACUGAGCCUAGUGAAAAAGUGCUUUCCUUUUUUAUUUGUUUCUCCCAUUAUACUAAUAAAUGAACACUCCUGUAGUAUAUGUCACACAAUUGCAUUUACUAUACCGGUUAUUACACCUUUUUACUCUAUAAUUGCUAGCAGUUUAUCGAAUUGAUUGUACAUGGCUUUCAAGUCAUUUUUGGGUUGUUUUGGUUGAAAGUGGUUACUUUUUUUUACGCUUUA